CCACAGCAGCCCGCCCCGGCGAUGGGCGGGGCUGUGACGUCUGACGUGCCGCCCCCCUAUGAUGCACCCCGCCCACCCGGAAGCACAGGGUUCUCCCCCCGGUGCACCAGGACUGCUGCCGGAACUCUGUGCAUUUCCGUCAACAAAUCUACUUCCGCCGACCAUGCAAAGCGCCGCUGCAUCUGUGCCUGUGUCUGCUGCACCAUUCUCCAUGGGACAGGGACUGCGCUCGUCACUCCAGCCCAGCGCCUCGAGUGGAGAGGCACAGCAGACUCUCCUCCGAAGGCGAGGACUCACAUCGGACAGUCGACGUUGUGCUGGUCCCUCAGCUUCCCCUCGGAGCAGCCUGUGGACCCUGCCCCCGUGUUCAGUCACAGUCUGGCCCAAGAAUCAUCACAGCUUCUGGGAGGCGGUGAAAGUCAAAGCAUUGCAACAAGGAGACUGGGAUUUACUAGAACGUUUGGGAAUGCCGGGGGGUGGUGUUCUCCGGGUGGAAGAAGGUGUUCAGGGCUGAUCAUCGAGACCAGAAAGACAGCGGUUUCGGCUCCACAGGAUACACCACAGGUCUUUUGGACAAUUAAUAUCUCCGACCAGCGCCCACAGAUGGUGUGCACUUUGUUGGUGCCAACUGCCAACCCACCCCAGAUCCAGCUCAGAGGUUUGCUCGAUACUGGGGCAGAUGCACUGUGAUUUCCUAUUCUGCCUGGCCUCCCACAUGGCCCCUC